GGGAGCGGAGGGGCUCAGGGUUCAGUCCCCCGCCCGCUCCGGGCGUGGGCGUGCCCUCGGCGGGCGUGCCUGGAGGAGGAGCUGGGUCCUCGCGCGGCUGCAGAGUCAGAUGGGGCGGGGAUUUCGGGGCACCGGGUCCUCACCUUCACGAGAAAGGCCCCACAGCACGUCCCCACUACCCGACGAGUCACUCCUCGUGGCUUCUCUCUCCUCCCCAAGAGCAGGGGUGGGCCUGUCUCGCGUUCCCCUGCGGGAGUCAGGAAGCGUCCUUCCUACCUACCAGUCCUCCCCUCUGGGGUCCGGGGACACUUCCUGGGGGCCUUUCAGGUGGUUGGCGCGGGUGCAGGGCCUGAGAGCCUGGGGGCUCGGCCUCAGGGUCCCCACCUGCCGCAGAGGCCACCGCCAGUACCUGCGCAGCGGCCCUGACUACGACUUCGCGCGCUACCGGAGCACAGUGCACGAGGUGACCCAGGCCUUCGCUGCCGCCUCGCGGGAGGUGCUGGCGGUGGAAGCAGAGCUGGGCGGGCCUCGCAGGCAGCCGCUGCUCGCCGGCCACGUGCGCAGCCUGCAGGAGCUGGAGCAGACGCGGCUGGGCAUGGUGGCCCUGCUGCAGCUGAUGGAGACGCCAGAGCUGGCGGGGCAGGAGGACGCUGUACGGAUGCACCAGCUGAAAAUGAAGUGAGCGCUGCUGCCCAAGCCGCCUGGCUAUGCUCGAUUUGCACCAGGGUUGGCACAGUCAGACCCUGCCAGCAGAGGAACCCUCUGCCAGUGUACAAUGGUGUUCUCACCUGGUGGCCCUCAGAUGUACACCUCCCCAGAGGGCACAGCCGUGAAACUUCACAUCAAUUUCGCUGUGCAUUGCUGGGACACUGCUGUAUACCUCGACACAUGCCAGUCCUGCAUACGUGGCUGUCCGUGGAGCUUGGACAUGCCCCACUGAGCACAAACCUUCAGAUGCCUGUCCUCAGCCCCCAAGCACACACACUAUGUACACACACAUUUGACAGAGUCACACUUCAUAACCUCCUGAUGCUACACACCCCACCAA